AUGGCCGAUCGCUAUGUCUUGGCGCAAAAGCUCCUCGAUGGCUAUCGGGUCAAGGCCAUGGAGCUUUUGAUGGACUACCUCAGAGAUGAGGACAUACGUGCAGCGACUGAGCGGUACAUAGGGCUGUACCCACCUCAACCAACUCCCGAGGCGACAUUCGAGCACCAGAACGAAGCCAACCUGCCACGCGCACAACCUCGCAACUCCUCUCUACAACAUGUCUCGGCACGGCACGAUUUCCAGGUUGCAGAACUUAGCAUUCUGACUCCCCCCACCAGCACAAACAAAGUGUCAUACGCUUUCGGUCCCUUGGUCGCCGAUAUGGAAGAGAUAUCUUUCCUCUCGUGCGACGACGACGAUAUCGUGGAUCAGCCAGUCAGUGCAAGGCGCGCGCCAGGAAGGUACAACCUAAUUGGCGAUGGAGUGGUGUAUGGUCGUGGCCUUAAGACCGGCCAAUUCGAGGUGGACAAGUCUGUACCGGUAUACACAUCUUUUGGAGUGGCAAAAUGGGUGACUGUCAAGACCGCUGUGGAACUGACAUGGCGCCGUCCCGGCCAGUUGCAGACACACUUGGACACGUUCUACGUCGUGUCAGCAAGGCUGCUCGAUAGCGACGUGGUUCUGGGGUUCGACGAAUCCGUGGACCGCCAGUCCCUCUCAGGUCAGUCUAAUAUGUACCGUCGAGUGCCACAAGCAGGCUAA